AUGAGAAAGCAUGAAUUCUCAACAGCACUGAUCUCAAGAGAAGUAGAACUGAAGAACUGCAUUCGUCUCAAAACUACAGGGAAUGCCAACUGUAUGUUUAACGCUGCUUCACUGUUGUUGGUCGGAAACAAAUCGCUAAGUGAUGUGAUAAGACUACUCGUUGCUGGAGAACUUUUCUUUUUCUCAGAGUUCUACAUACAAACUGUUCAAGACAGGUUCUUGGAAAUAGAAAACGAGACGCCCUAUUCAGAGGCUACUGCCUUCUCAACUAUCCUAACAGAAGCGGGCGAGAGAGAAAUGACAAACUCAAAAAGUCGCCUGGAAGCUAUUCGCACAGAAGCACGCAAUACAUGCCUUACAAACAACUGGAAUGGGAUGAUUCAAAUGAUGGCCUUGUCCACUGUUUUAAGAUGGCCAAUAUUCAGGAUUGACUUUCUGUAA